UUUUACAUUUCACGAAGUACAAUUCAUGGUGUUAAAUAUAUUUUAGAUCCUGAACUUCAUUUAAUUGAAAAAAUUAUUUGGCUUAUUUUUGUCAUUAUUUCCAUUUGUCUUACUGCUAAUGUUUUUGUUAUAAUGGUAACUGAUUUCCAGGCAGCGCCAACGGAAGUUAUUAUUGAAUCGACAAAUUAUCGAGUAUCGUUUUUGCCAUUUCCAAGUGUGACUAUUUGUCCAAUUAAUCGUGUUGAUUGGAAAAAAGCAAUGAAAUUGGAGGAUAAGAUUUCUAAUAAUUCUGAUGUCAUUGAAAAUUAUAGAAAAUUAGUUGCCACUUUAUCUGAAAUGUCAUUUGAAGGAUUAUAUAAAUUAAAUUUUUUAAAUCAAUCAUACUAUAAAGAAUUGUCAGAUCUCAACGUAACUGACAUAAUGUUUAAAAUUAUGCCCAAUUGUGAGGAUUUACUCGUCAAAUGUCAAUGGCGGAAUUUUCCACAAAAUUGUUGCAAUAUUUUUCAAGUUCAAAAAUCUGAACACGGAUUUUGUUAUUCAUUCAAUUCAUUAAUUUCGGAAAAUUCAUCAGCCGUCAAUGAAUUGAAUAUGAAAAAAGUUACCGGCUAUGGUAGUCGAUCAGGACUACAAGUUUUUGUUGAAUUAAACAAUAUCACUGUUCCACCAAAUAAAUAUCGUGAAAAAAAACAGCAAAUUGAAUCGGGAAUAUUUAUAUCAAUAAAUGAUCCUCUAGUGUGGCCAAAAGUGAUAAAUAGAAUUAAGGCCGGAUCAAUAGCAAAUAUUAAUGUAAAAUGCACAUCGGGUUAUGCAUCGGAUGAUGUAUUAAAUUUAUCACCAAGUAAAAUACCAUGUCGUUUAAUGGAUCACAAGAGAAAUGUGAGAUACAGUCAAGAGACUUGUAUAUCCGAAUGUAGACGUGAACAUGUUAUUAAACAUUGUCAGUGUAAUCCAUCUUUUUAUUUUGCAUCAGUGAAAAAUAUCUCAUCUUGUAGGGUAAAAGACUUAAAGUGUCUUUACGAGAAGCGAGGAAAAUUUGACAAUUACCAAAACCCGGGAGAUGAUAAUUUCAAAGAAGGCACGCAGGAUGUUAUGACAUGUGAUUGUCCACCUGCUUGUGAUUAUUACAAUUACGAGGAGAAAUUACUCACAGUGUCAGUUGUGAAUAAAAAUAUAUCGCUGGAUAUUCAUUAUGAGGGACCAACGAGUAUUCGUUACAAAAUGAACGUUGUAACAAGUGGUUUAAAAUUAUUAGGUAAGGAAUGA